AUGGCUCGGCCAAGAGACUCGCGCUCACCAAGUCCUGCAGGCAGCCAUUUCAACUCGCGCCGCCACCGCAAAGAUGACGACCGGCGGGAUGCCAGAGACCGCCGAGACGAUGGAAGGGAUACUCGCCGCCGCUCAAGGUCGCGCAGCCCGGAUGUGAGAUUUGACCGCCGCCGCUCCAGCUCCAGCUUUGGCGGCGACUCCUAUAUACCGGAACUUGAGUCUGACAGAAUUUUGAACAAACAACAGUAUCGAUACCGCGACCGUGACCGAGGCAGAGACAACAGGGAUCGUGGUGGCCGUGACCGCGACCGUGACCGCGAUCGCGACAACUUUCGCCGACGAGACCGCUCCUUAGAUCGCCGAGACGACGACUUCUACCGCGGCCCACGUGAUCGCCGAGGAGCGAGGUCGAGAGAGAGACUCGCGCCCAGAGCUCGCUCGCCUGACCGCCGACGUGAUCGUAGCAGAGACGACUUCAGGAGACGAGACGAUUCUAGGAACAGAAGCCGACGUGAAGGCACGGCUGACUCUCAUACUCGCAGCAGCCGCGCUGACAGCCGAUCUCGCAAGACCCCGGUGGCUGAUGGUGGCAGGAACGGAGCUGACGAGGCCCAAAAGGCCAAGCCGAACGCCACGCAGUCCGAGGUUGAUAAGAAAGCAGAGCGACUUGCCAAGCUUGAAGCAUGGAAGAAGAAGAAGGAGCUCGAGGGCCAGAAACAAAAAGAGGUGAAUGCCAGCCAAACUAGAAAUCUGUUGGCUGAGAUGGAUAAGAAGGCCAAGGAGGGAUCCACGGCUGUCUCAUCGCCUGUUGUGUCGUCCGCUGCCUCGCCUGCUCCUGUUGAGUCGGGAAGCGUAUCUCCAGCAAAGCCUUAUACUGGCAAGUUUGAUCCAAAAACGAUUGCAAAGAAGUCUGCUGUCCAAAGAUCACACGAUACUACUAAAGGGGCUCUGGGGUCUAUAGAUGUUCAACCGCCUACCAUUGCUAUGCCUGUGAAAAAGACAAUUGCUGGUGAGUCUCUGCCUCUCAUGAGACAGAAAAGCUUUGCCCUUGCUGACAUCAAUCAUCAUAAAGCGUCUGCUUUGCCUACAAAUCGUGCCAAGGCCAGCAUUUUUGGAUUUGGCAAAUCUCAUGCUGAAGGGGACAAGCUUCCCAACAAGCGAAAGCUUGACAUGGAUGAGGAGGUCAUAACGAAACGACAGCUUACCAAACUCCCCAGCCUUCCAAUAGAGGCCGACGACACCCCUUAUGCUGACCAAGAUGAGGAUGACGAAUCGGAUGGUGAUAACUUUGCCGAAAAUGAGGAAGAGGCCGCCGCCGCUGCACGUGCCGCUCAUGAAAGACGUCUUCAAGCUGAAAACCAAACUGAAAACCAAGACGAAAACGAAGCCGAAACCCAGGUCGAAAACCAGGCUGAUGAGGAGAUGAAAGACGACGAGCCCCAAGCGGCGCAGGAGCCCAACGGCGAUCAUGUUACCAGCGGAGAAGAAAUGGCCGACAAGGCUCCCCCCGCGGAACACAUGGAUGUUGAUGCAGAGGAUGACGAAGUCGAUCCUCUAGAUGCAUUCAUGGAUGACCUUCAACAGACGGAGACUGUCAAGAACCCUUUGAAGAAGGCCUCCGCUGUCAAGAAGCAGCAAGAACCUGAGGCUUAUUUCUCUGAUGAUGAUUAUGCCUUUGACAACGAAGGCAAUCAAGAGGCAGACGCCGCGCUGCUUGCCAUCGCCAAUAAGCGCAAGAAGAAGGAUAUCCCAAGCGUUGAUUACUCCAAGAUAGAUCUGCAACCUAUCCGCAAGAAUUUCUGGGUCGAGCCCGCAGAGUUGAGCUCGCUUUCUGAAGCAGAUGUCACAGAUUUACGACUGGAGCUAGAUGGAAUCAAGGUCAACGGCAAGGAUGUACCCAAACCUGUUCAGAAAUGGGCUCAGUGUGGCCUCACCCGCCAAACCCUCGAUGUCGUUGGUUCCCUCGGCUUUGAAAAGCCUACGCCGAUUCAGAUGCAGGCCUUGCCCGCGCUGAUGUCAGGUCGGGAUGUCGUGGGCGUGGCCAAGACAGGAUCCGGCAAGACCAUGGCUUUCUUGCUUCCCAUGUUCCGGCAUAUCAAGGACCAGGAGCCGCUCAAGGACACAGAUGGCCCUGUUGGGCUAAUUAUGACGCCAACUCGUGAGCUAGCCACCCAGAUUCACAGGGAUUGCAAGCCUUUCCUGAAGAUGAUGAACCUACGUGCUGUCUGCGCGUAUGGCGGGGCUCCCAUUAGAGAUCAGAUUGCCGAACUCAAGCGCGGUGCCGAAAUUAUUGUCUGCACACCUGGCCGCAUGAUUGAUCUACUGGCUGCCAACCAGGGGCGUGUCACCAAUCUCCGGAGGGUCACCUAUGUGGUCCUCGACGAAGCCGACCGAAUGUUCGACAUGGGCUUCGAGCCACAGGUGAUGAAGAUUUUUGCCAACAUGCGACCUGACAGACAAACAAUCCUCUUCUCGGCUACUAUGCCUCGCCUCAUCGAUUCACUCACGAAAAAAGUGCUCAAGAGCCCUAUUGAGAUUACCGUCGGCGGUCGCAGCGUUGUUGCCAAGGAGAUUGAGCAAAUCGUGGAAAUUAGAGAGGAGAGCACAAAGUUUCUCCGUGUUCUAGAGUUGCUAGGUGAGCUCUACGACAAGGACGAAGAUGCCAGGUCGUUGAUCUUUGUUGAGCGGCAAGAGAAGGCAGAUGAUCUUCUCAAAGAGCUAAUGCACAAGGGCUAUCCUUGCAUGUCCAUCCAUGGAGGUAAAGAUCAAGUGGAUCGCGACUCUACCAUUUCUGAUUUCAAGAAGGGCGUGGUGCCCAUCCUGAUUGCUACAUCGGUUGCUGCGCGUGGCUUGGAUGUCAAGCAGCUCAAGCUUGUCAUCAACUACGACGCACCCAACCACCUGGAGGACUAUGUUCACCGUGCUGGUCGAACAGGGCGUGCAGGGAACACAGGAACCGCCGUUACCUUUGUCACGCCUGAACAAGAGAAUUGCGCUCCUGGUAUCGCCAAAGCCUUGGAACAGAGUGACCAGCCCGUCCCAGAACGCCUCAAUGAGAUGCGGAAAUCUCAUCGAGAAAAGGUCAAGUCAGGCAAGGCGAAGGACUCGUCUGGAUUUGGCGGAAAGGGUCUGGAUCGUCUAGAUCAAGAACGUGAGGCCGCUCGUCUUCGCGAGCGCAAGACGCAUAGAGCUGAGGGUGAGGAAGAAGAGGUUAAGGAAGAAGGCAAGAAGGAAGAAGAAGAUAAGAAGAUUGAGAAGACACUUAGCGCUAUCAAAGCGGCAACCUCUACUGUCCAGGCUCGUGAAACAGCACGGGCUGAGGCGGGAGACAGUGGCAAGGGAGCGCAGCCCGUCGUUGCCACAGGCGAGAAGGGCAAGGAUCCUUUGGACAAAGUCAGCUCUGCUGUCAGUGCCAUCAACAGCCGCCUCGGCAAGGCUGGCCAGCUUCGCUCUGGCCAACCCAUCGACAACAAAGGUCCCGAUGCCGGUGCUUUCCAUGCCACGCUGGAAAUCAACGACUUCCCCCAGAAAGCUAGAUGGGCCGUCACCAACCGCACCAAUGUGGCCAAGAUUCUCGAGGCGACCGGAACAUCCAUCACUACCAAAGGUAGCUUCUAUCCUCCCGGAAAAGAAGUACCUGCUGGAGCAGAACCCAAGCUGUAUAUCCUUAUUGAAGGUGAUACAGAGCUUGUGGUAUCCGCUGCUUUGAACGAAAUGACAAGGCUUCUGAGGGAGGGCACCAUUGCCGCGGCGGAUGCAGACAGCAGGGCUCCCGCGAGUGGAAGAUAUACUGUUACUUAA